GUGGACUGGACUUGGCCAUCGAGGGGCCUUCGAAGGCCGAGAUCAGCUGCAUUGACAACAAGGAUGGCACCUGCACGGUGACCUACCUGCCCACGCUCCCCGGGGACUACAGCAUCCUCGUGAAGUACAACGACAAGCACAUCCCAGGCAGCCCCUUCACAGCCAAAAUCACAGAUAACAACAGGAGAUGUUCCCAAGUGAAGCUGGGCUCCGCCGCUGACUUCCUGCUGGACAUCAGUGAAACGGACCUCAGCACACUGACCGCCAGCAUCAAAGCCCCGUCUGGGCGGGAUGAGCCCUGUCUCCUGAAGAGGCUCCCAAACAACCACAUCGGCAUUUCUUUCAUCCCCCGGGAAGUUGGGGAACACCUGGUCAGCAUUAAGAAAAAUGGCAGCCAUGUGCCCAACAGCCCAGUGUCCAUCAUGGUGGUCCAGUCAGAGAUUGGAGAUGCUCGGAGGGCUAAAGUCUCAGGCCGCGGCUUGACAGAAGGACGCACUUUUGAAAUGUCAGACUUUAUUGUUGACACGAGGGACGCAGGUUACGGCGGCAUAUCCUUGGCAGUAGAAGGACCAAGCAAGGUUGACAUUCAGACAGAAGAUCUUGAAGACGGAACCUGUAAGGUGUCCUACUUCCCUACAGUCCCGGGGGUUUAUAUUGUGUCCACCAAGUUUGCAGAUGAACAUGUCCCAGGCAGUCCCUUCACUGUGAAAAUCAGCGGAGAAGGCAGGGUCAAGGAAAGUAUCACGCGCGCAAGCCGGGCACCGUCGGUGGCAACUGUUGGUAGUAUCUGUGAUCUCAACCUAAAAAUCCCAGGUAAACAGGGAUGGCAUGUACCAGGGCCUCCGAACGUUGGAUACUCUGAAGGCUUGGUGCCAUCAGCAGCCUUGGGGAGGAAGGAAAAGCUUGACUCCAUGGCAACUCAUUGAAUUAAAUCC